AUGGAUACUAAAGAUGCAUUGCGUGCGGGUCUGAGGUCAACACCAAAGUAUCUCCCAGUAUGGUACCGCUAUGACAAAGCAGGAUCCGUCUAUAACGACAGAUGCCUCAUGGAAAACACCUUCUAUUACUUCUACAAGUCCGAGAUAUCUAUCCUCGCUAAUAACAUUAAGGAGAUAAUACCUGACCUUGCCGAGGCUCCACAUCUUGUUGACAUGGGCAGUGGGAACAGCGAGAAGACCAGAGGAUUUAUUGACGCAUUGCUCCAAAAGCAUGGCCAUAUUCAAUACCUCCCGGUUGAUAUAUCCGAAGAAUUUCUCUCCAGCGUGUCAGAUCAGAUAUCUGAGAUUUACGGAAGCAAGUUAACCAUUAAAAGCGUACCUGGAGAUUAUGACAUAGGGAUAGAGAAACUGAGUGGUAUGCCAGGGAUAAAGUUAAUCACGUGGCUUGGAGGAGGAUUCCAAAACCAGUCUUACGAGGACCAAGUGCGUCGUCUUAAACUAUUAUCAAACGUUAUGACAGAGGAAUGUCGACUCAUCAUAAGUCUGGAUAUUACAGACGAUAAAGAGCAGAUAGAAAAUGCAUACCUUGACCCUACAGGAAUCUCGGCGGACCUGUACCGCAAUGCGAUAAAUCGCUUGAAUAGGGAGUAUGGCAGUUCUAUAAACACAGCCACUUUAGUUCUUGAGGCAGAGUACAUACACAAUGACAGGCCUGAGGAAACAAGCUACGUCACUCUCUGUGGGGUAUCCCAAGAAAAACGAACCCAUGAUAUACCUGGACUAGGUAUAACUAUAAAUCUGGAGAAGGAUGAACGAUUUUAUUUACAUGAAGGUAAAGGUCUAAGCUGUAAGUACAGUAUAAAACAGAUUCAGACACUAGGUUUAUGUGGCGGGCUACACUUGGAACAUUACUGGACGGACACAUCCAAUCACGUGGCAGUAUGCUGCUUUUCCACUAAGAAAAACUCAUGA